AAAUUGUUACGGAGCUUACUAACAUCAUUUCUAUAUUUCAUGAAAAGGGUAUAUAAACAGUCGAUGUUCCACUGUCUCGCCAUCAUCAAGAAUCGUGACCCGGUCGAGCAGUCAUGUCUCGUCUACCACUUGUUUUAUCCCUAGUGUACCUUCUUGUAGUAUAUGUUCGUAGUGAAGUGUACGAACAACCGCCUCCCAAUCUGCCAUUGGAUGACCCAAGUCCUGACGUACCCGAUAACGAUGAUGUUUACGAAGUGGAUGGUGGAAUCGAUAAGCGUAGCGCAAGUUUUGAUUACGCUGAUGCCCUGUCGGCGUCAGUGGAGUUCUUCGAAGCCCAGCGUUCAGGGCCAGUGCCUGAAGAUGGGCGAGUGAAAUGGCGUAAACCAGAUAUUGCACAGUUUGACAAAGGUGCGAACGGAGAAGACCUGAGCGGGGGCAUGUAUGAUGCUGGUGAUCACAUCAAGUUCAACCUUCCAAUGGCCUGGACUACAACUAUGAUGGCGUGGAGUUACAUCGAAUUUGAAGAUGCGUAUAUUGAUGCAGGGGAAGACAAAAGCACCAGGGACCUUUUGAAAUGGAAUUGUGACUAUUUCAUAAAGUGUCACCCCAGUCCUGAUGUGUUUUAUUACCAGGUCGGCAAUCCUAGUGUUGAUCACAGUCAAUGGAAUCGACCAGAAAACAUUUCAUCAACACGACCAUCAUACCCAAUAGAGGACUCUGGUGCUGACGUUGCAGGUGAAACAGCAGCUGCUUUGGCUGGAUGCGCCAAAGUUUUCGAACAUUUCGAUACAAACUACGCGUCAAAGUGUGAGGAUAAAGCAAAGUCUCUCUUCAUGUUUGCACUAAACCAUCCAGGACUGUAUCCCCCAACUUUAUAUUACAAAUCAAACGGAGCCUGGGACGAGGUUGCAUGGGCCGCCAUCUGGAUAUACUGGUUGACCGGUGACGAGUGGUACCGACAAGAGGCAGUUAACUUAUACGACUCGAAAAAUCUGCACGGGAAAUCUUACGCAUACGGAUGGAACGACAAGCGAGAGGGACUCAAGCUUCUAAUGGGCUACAUUCACAAGGAUAUUAAUACAGACUAAAAAGCAAUACUUUAGCCAUUUCAAAUCAUACAUGAAUGGUUGGCUGCCGGGUGGAACUGUGACUUACACGCCUAAAGGUCUUGCCUGCAGGGACGCAUGGGGUUCUCUGCGAUGGGCUGGCAACUCCGCUGCCCUAGCAGUUAUUGCAUCCCAUUACGGACUCAGAGCACCCGCAUACAGGAACUUCGCCAAGUCACAACUGGACUAUAUUCUUGGUUCCUCUGGCCAUAGUUUCGUAGUAGGAUUUGGCGAAAAUCCCCCAACUCGUCCCCACCACAGGGGAAGCUCCUGUCCCGUGCUCACCGAGAAAUGCACUAACUCCAACAGUUUCAACUAUGAUGGUGCGAAUCAUCACCUACUGCGUGGAGCUAUGGUAGGAGGUCCAAACUGUUCUGAUGGCUGGAAUGACAACCGCAAAGACUACGUUAAAAAUGAGGUGGCGUGUGACUACAACGCGGGUUUCCAAACCCUCGUAGCAGGUGUACAAAGCAUGAUAUUGAGAGGCAUACUGGUUUAACCUGGAAUUCACGACCGGAGGUUUUUACCGUUCUCACAUUUGAAUUGCAUUGGACUCGUAUAAACUGUAUUCAUUGUAAAAUACAACUUCUAGUAGCAUUAGAAUAAAUAUCAUGAAAACAAUUUACC